AUGGACAGCUGCCUGGAUUCUGGGAUCCACACCUUUGAUUUCCACUUCAGCUUUCCUCCAGAGGUUCCCUCCACAUUCACCAGCAAAGCUGGCUGCAUCUCCUAUUUCAUGCAAGGGAUUUGCUGCAGACACAGUACUGUCUUAGCUGAAGAGUUGAGAUAUUUACUCUUGCAAGUAAUCAGUGAAGCUAGGACUGAUGUCGAUUACCUCUGCUGCUUCAUCCAAGGCUCUGUGAUCCUUUGCAUCUCCCUGAAGAAAAAUGUAUUUUUCCCUGGUGCAACUAGUGUCUUCACAACAGAUAUUGCCAACAGGACAUGCAAUUACAUUAGAAAGCUGGUAGGAACCUCUAACCUUCCAUGUGCCAUGUCCACCAUCUUUGGCAAGGUGCCUAUCAUCAUAGCAGCCAUACCAGAGCGUUUGUGCAGCAGAGCAUCAUGA